GGGUCUGAACAGUGUAGCAUCACAUCUAGCCAGCUGCAUCUGAAAACCCAUUUGGAGGCUUCAUGUGACCUUUGCAUUCUGACCGAGCACAGCACUUUGAAGCAAAUACACUUGUUGCACCAGGUGAAACACUUAAUUUCAGCUGUGUGUAACCGUGUGAAUUUGAAUCGCUCCGCUCUCAUCCUCCUUCCUUCCCUCUGUGCACAGGAGUUACCACCACCCGUCCUCUCACCCGAGGGAUCCACCAACGCUCCCAGCGCUACGAAAACCGGCUUUGAGGAGGACUUGGAGCCGGGAGGGCGCGCCCGCCUCCUCCGACACAGAAGCCGCUUUCCUGUCGCCUACGGCAGGAGCGGAGCUCUCUGGCAGCGCGGGCCCCACAGCGCGGUCGGGGACAGGGACGGCUGCGGCUCCCGCUCCCGCUCCGGUCGCAGCGCCCGCCAGCCCCUAGAGCGGCCGGAGUGGGGAUCGGUGCCGGGGCAGCCCCGGAGCCUGGGCUCGGCCCCCGCGGGGCGGAGGCAGGUGCGGGGGGCGGUGGCAGAGCGCGGCCGGGAGCUGCCCUCGCGGGGGCGCGGCGCCGCCCCGCACCUGGGCCCGCCCCGCGGGGGAAGGGGUCCGCGGCAGCUCCGUGCGGUGCCCGUGCGGCGGCGGGAGCAUGCCCCGGGGCGGCGGGGGCCGGGCGCCCUGAGCAGCGCCAUGCGGGGCCGGCUGUUGGCGCGGCUGCGGCGGCGGCGCCGGGUGCUGCUGGCCCUGGCCGCGCUGGCUCUGGGGCUCUGGGCCGUUUACCUGGAGCUGGUGGCGGCGGGCGGCGGCGGCGGGGCUCUCCCGGACCGCAGAUACGAAAGCUGGAGGGAGCUGGCUAAGGCUCUGGCAGACACCAGUGUCCCAGGUGGAGACCCAAGUGCUCAGGUUUACUCUCCGCAGAAGCCAGGACAGCAGAAACCAGAGCUGCAAAGAGGUGGGAGGAAUAAAUCAAGUUAUGCAGGUGUGAACAACCCUGUCCUGUGGAUGCCAGAGUUCCAGGGCCAGGCUAAUCUGCAUGUGUUCGAGGACUGGUGCGGCAGUUCCACUGAGCAGCUCAGGAAGAACCUCCACUUCCCCCUUUUCCCCCACACACGAACUAGACUGAAGAAGCUGGCUGUGUCCCCAAAAUGGACCAACUACGGUCUCCGGAUAUUUGGCUAUCUGCAUCCUUUCACCGAUGGGGAGUUUCAGUUUGCCAUUGCUGCGGAUGACAAUGCUGAGUUCUGGCUGAGUCCAGAUGAAAAGACCUCUGGUCUCCAGCUGCUGGCCAGUGUAGGCAAGACAGGGAAGGAGUGGACUGCACCAGGGGAGUUUGGGAAAUUUCAAAGCCAACAGUCAAAGAUGGUGAGGUUGUCAGCUGCAGGCAGGUACUAUUUUGAGGUGCUGCACAAGCAGGAUGACAGAGGAACAGACCACGUGGAAGUAGCAUGGAGACUGAAUGACCCAGAAGCGAAGUUCAAAGUCAUUGACUCCAAAUACCUCUCCCUUUUUGCUAACGAGACGCUUUUAAAGAUGGAUGAGGUUGGGCACAUCCCGCAGACGUUGGCCAGUCACAUGAGGAGGCCCGCUGACAGCACAGGCAGCAAGGCACACCCAGCUGACAUGUUGAAGCCUGACCCCCGGGACACUCUAUAUGAAGUGCCUCUGCUCAGCAAGUCUCGUGUGCGCCGAGCAUUGCCAGACUGCCCAUACAAGCCCAGCUACCUGGUGAAUGGAUUCCCUCUGCAGCGCUACCAGGGACUCCAGUUUGUUCAUUUAUCCUUUGUUUACCCAAAUGAUUAUAGCCGCCUGAGCCACAUGGAGAAAGAUAACAAAUGCUUCUAUCAGGAAAACCCAUAUUACUUGGAAAGAUUUGGAUUCUAUAAGUACAUGAAAAUGGAUCGGCCGGAGAAGAGCCUGGACUCUGGAGAAAAGACAGAGCAGCCAGGCUCCCAAGAGGGGAAUCUGGAUGAUGUGCAGUAUGUGGAGCAGGAUGUGGAGAGUACCAGUGCCCCCGAGCUGCCUGGCACAGGGAAGGCAGAGCUGGAGCACAAUGCUCCCAGCAACAUGGUGGGCAGUGAUAAUGUUCAUGAGGACUAUUCCCUUCGGGAGCGCCGUCGGCUCCUCUCAGUAGUGGGUGGCGACACAGGAGGGGGGACACAGAGGAGAAGGACAAAGAGGUCUGGUGUCAAAUCAGCCAUGGUGGCUUCUGCCAACCACAGCCUCAGCCAGGCUGGCUUAGAAGGGAACCCAGUAAUGAAGAGACCCCGUCUAAAAGCUGGCAUCAAAGACAACUCCAGGAGCCCUCCACAGCACGCCAGGGCUAUCCAGAGGAGAGCAACUGUCAAAAAGGCAAACCCUCCUUCUAAGACUGUGUCUCAGCAGCCUCUCAGUGUCCCCAGGAACUCAGGGGUCAUGAGUCCCAAAGGACUGAGACCUCAAGGAGACCUUAGCACUGCUAAGGAUGGGCUGCAGCCACCAGGGACUGUGCCAGACAGGAAGGGAACUCCAAUCUCUGGCAAGGCUGGCAGACGUGCUGUGAGCACAGCCAGCCCCAGCCAGCAGCCUGGGCUGACACAGUGGCUGAACCAAGUGGAGUCCUACAUUGCUGAGCAGAAGGCGGCCAAUGGUGGGGACAUGGCUAAGGGAGAGGUGCAAGUGGCAUCUCCUGCAAAGGGCAAGUCUGGGCCUGUGGCAGCAGAAGAGGAAGAUGAAGAGGUAGAUGGGGAGCCAGAGGAGGAAGAUGAAGAGGAUUUUGAUUACGUACCAGUGUUUGACCAGGCGGUGAACUGGGAGCAGACCUUCAGCACAAGCAAUCUGGACUUCCAUAUGCUGCGCACAGAUUGGAUUGACCUGAAAUGCAACACGUCAGGAAAUUUGCUGCUAAACGAAAGGGAGGCCCUGGAAGUCACACGUGUCUUCCUGAAGAAGCUCAACCAGAGGACUAAAGGGCGGUUCCAGCUGCAGCGUGUUGUGAACGUGGAGAAGCGGCAGGACCGCAUGCGGGGCAGCCGCUACCUGCUGGAGCUGGAGCUGCUGGAGCAGGGAGGGCGGCCCGUUCGCUUCAGCGAGUACGUCUUCGCACGGGGCUGGCAGGGCAUCGGUGGCGAUGAGGAGGAGGAGAGGAAGAUGAGGAACAUGGCGUGGGGUCGCCGGCGGCACCUGAUGGCUGUGGCAGACGAGCCAGAGCUGUGCUGGCCACAGGGAUUUUCCUGGAACCACCGUGCUGUGGUUCACUUUGUGGUGCCAGUGAAAAACCAGGCGCGUUGGGUGCUGCAGUUCAUCUCUGAUAUGGAGGAGCUGUUCCGAGUCACUAAGGAUCCAUACUUCAACGUCAUCAUCACAGACUACAGCAGCGAUGACAUGGAUGUGGAGAAGGCUCUGAAACGGUCUGCCUUGCACAGCUAUCGGUACUUGAAGCUCACAGGGAAUUUUGAGCGUUCUGCCGGGCUGCAGGCGGGAAUAGACCUCGUGACGGACCCGCAUAGCAUCAUUUUCCUGUGUGACCUCCAUAUCCACUUCCCAGCUGGAGUCAUUGAUUCAAUCCGGAAGCACUGCGUGGAAGGCAAGAUGGCUUUCGCACCCAUGGUCAUGAGGCUGCACUGUGGCAUGUCCCCACAGUGGCCUGACGGCUACUGGGAGGUGAAUGGGUUUGGUCUCCUGGGCAUAUACAAGUCUGACCUGGACAAGAUUGGAGGCAUGAACACAAAAGAGUUUCGGGACCGCUGGGGUGGAGAGGACUGGGAACUCCUGGACAGGAUCUUGCAGGCCGGGCUGGAAGUGGAGCGUCUCUCCCUGAGAAACUUCUUCCACUGGUUUCACUCGAAGCGGGGCAUGUGGAACCGGCGACAGCUGAAGACACUGUAGCCUUCAACCCCAAAGCUGCUCGGCAGCACCGUCCACCGUCUCGUCUCGAUGUGCGCUUUAUCGAGGCACAGAGCCGAGCACACAAACUCUUCCUCUGCCUCCAGAGCCCUCUAAUGGGACGGCACAGCUGAGGAAGGAAUGGUCAGGCUAGGGGAGCAGGAGCUUCUCCUGUGAGCAGUUGUAUCCAAGACAUGGGGUCUGUGUCUUGCAGGGGGAAGUUGUGCAGGUGAGAUGUUGACAAGUGAAGGACUCGUAUUUCCUGCCAUGCGGUCUGGCGGAUGGUACAAUGGGAGAGGUGCCAUAUUUCCCAUUGAGUCUUGUGUAGCGCAAACCAAACACACACAAAUCCCAGCUAGGCCCAGAAUGGUUUAUUUAGAGUAACACAGCUUAUCCUUCAAAACUUGAAUGGCAAAAAGAGAAAACAGCAACCCUCCCAUUUCCCCUCCUUCCCCAUCUCUCCAGUAUCCGUGCUUUUGGACAGGGGACCAAAGGAAGUUCUCUGAACUGUAUUGUGUCCACAUGCCCAUAUGCUGACCCAAGGAAAUCUUGGGAGGAGCUCUUAGGAGGAGCUCUUAGGCACUUUAGGCUGCUGGUACUUCGACGUUUCUCUGUGCUUUUCACUUUAGUCAUUAGGAACAACUGUGCUCAUAUUCAGCAAAUUAUGGGCCAUGGGUGGAGAUGCAAGUACACUUCCCUUAUGAGAGCCAAGUUUGCCUGCAGCUGGGCAAAGUGGCAGGGAUUGAUGUUACGAGUCCACCUAAAUUACUGAUCCACUGCCUGAGAAUAGUGGAGGGGUUAUACAGAGAAGCUAGGAGGGCAUCUCAGGAGGAACUUUGCAGCCUUAUCUGACAGACCUGUGUGUUUGUCCUAAUGAUAUCAGGGAAACUCUAGCAGGGAGGAAGUGGCAAUAUUUUAUUAGUUGAAAUAUUGUGAAUUUGUCAGAAAAAGAGGAGACAGAGUGUUCUGCUCUCCAAAUCCUGUACAUUUAUGCCACAUCUAAAGGUUAAUUUAAUAAGUUAUGGCCUCACAGUUACGUCUUGUCAUAGUUUGACUUUUCUGUAAAAAGCAGGCUUCAUGGUUCAAGAACCAGCGCAGCUGUUGGUGCUUCAUGGUUGAAGAACCAGCACAGUUGUUGGUGCUUCAUCUCUGGAACAGCCCUAAGAGCAUUGGCCUGGUAUAGAGGAGGUGGCCUCAGGUCUUAGCAUAUGCACUGGGUGCAAAGAACAGGGAGGAUAGAAGAGGGUUGAGUGAGUAAAAGGAGGUGCAGACCUAUGCUGGCAUUUAUCCAAGGACUGUGAAAAGAGCCCUUGUACACAGCUGACUUGAUGCUAGAGGGAAUUCUCAUCCCCUGUAAUUCCUGUUAAUGCAAGGCAAGAUUUUUUACCUCUGUAACUAUUUUACAAGACUACAGAAACCCAGAAACCCCGGCACACUCAGUGCUCUACAUUAGAGCUUCAGUGUCCCCCUACCAUGCAGAAAAGACUGCUACUGGUUGCAAGCUUCAGGGGAGAGCGUGACAUAGGAUGUUGCUCAUGGCACCCGUCUCUGCACAGAGUGAAAAGUGAGUAAUGGAGGUAUGCAGGAUGUAUACUGUGCUGACAUGGUACUAGAGUUGUUUGCUGAUGGAAUGAAUGCCAGUUCAGAAUAGGCAUUCAUUUAUUAUUUAUUCCGUGGUGCUUGACAAGUCCAUCAGGUUCCACUAUUGCAGUAGAAAACUGAACAUGCAAGUUCUGGCACAUGAGGUAGAGAUCUCAUCAAAUCAUCUGCUUGCCUCAGACCAGGUUUUGUGACUGAUGGAGUCAGAAAAAGUCAAUCAGAUUUCAGCAAGAUUUACUGUGCAGUGUACAGCUAUGGUGGGAGCUGUGUCUCUGUGGAGCCUUUGCCAGAGUGCGGACACUGAGCAUCUCAGAAGAGGCAGCCUUAGCCUUCUGCCCAAGCCAGGGCAGUCUUUUUAAUUGAGGGAAAGUGCUUUACCCACGCAGAGACC